CUAUGGAUCAAAUCCAAUUUGCAAAGGCUGUUUGUCUUGUUCAAAGGAUAAUGGAUGCAUCAGAUGCCAGCAUAAGUUAUUCUUCUUCCUACGAAGAGAAGGAAUGAGACAGUAUGGUGAAUGCCUGCAUUCCUGCCCAUCAGGGUAUUAUGGACUCCGAACGCCAGAUAUGAACAGAUGUUCAAGAUGCAGAAUAGAAAACUGCGACUCCUGCUUCAGCAGAGAUUUUUGCACCAAAUGCAAAGCUGGCUUCUACUCCCACAGAGGCCGCUGUUUCAGAGGUUGCCCACCUGGAUUUGCUGCCUUGGAAGAACUCAUGGAGUGUGUGGAAGGCUGUGAAGUUGGUCAGUGGAGUGAAUGGGGAACUUGCAGCAGAAACAAUAAAACGUGUGGAUUUAAGUGGGGCCUGGAAACGAGAACAAGGCAAAUAGUGAAGAAGCCAGCGAAAGACACGAUACCGUGCCCAACCAUCGCAGAGUCCAGACGGUGUAAAAUGGCUGUGAGGCAUUGUCCAGGAGGAUUCCAAACAAGGCAAAGAAUUACUGCAGUGACGCUGCACAGCUCUUUUGUUUUGUCGCGGUGUCAGGAGGAAGCACGUAGCUCCAAGCACGGGGCGGCAGCCGCUGGGCGCAGCCCCGCAGGGCGGGACGGAGGAGCCACUGCCGCCGCCGCCGCCGCCGCCGGACUCGAUCCGGCCGGGGGCGCCCGUGAGGGCCUGGCCCGCAGCCACAGCGCCGCCCCGCGGCCGCAGAGCAACACGGAGCCCGCAGGGCUCGAGGCGCCGGUGGUGGCCGUGGGCUGGCCGUGA